AUGCUGAUGCUAUGGUUUCUUCUCGUAACACUACUCACCGUCUCGAGCUUUAGCGACGAAAAUGUGACGUCCAUCACCCCAUCCAUCAAUGAAAUAAAGACACUCGAAACAUUCACUCUUCCGACGAUCCGCCCGAACGCCAGUCUGACCGCGGCGCCUCCGGUGAUUGUGGUCAACGGCACAGAAGACGUGGCGUCGAACGUGAGCGCGACCAUCGGAUCUCUGGAGGAGACGACGUUGCAAGAGCUGGACUUGUCGCAAAUUCAGCAGGAAUCGGACGACGCCGACGGUGAUAAUCCGACGAAGAUCGAGACGGGCGCCGCCGAGGAAAGCGCGCCGAAGAUGGUGGCGAAGAAUCGAACCGCGGACUCGUCGGAGAACAAGAUUCCGAUCGUUGAGGUGUACAAUCCGGACGAGGAUUCCGAGGAGGACGACGAAGAUGGCGACGAUUACGAAGUCUCGACGACGUCAGCCUACCAGAACGUGUUCGAGAAGGAAAAUCAGGACGGAGUGCCGCUUUCCACUGACUCGGACGUGUUUACCGAUGAGAGAAUCAACAAUGGUGAGCUGAAUUUUGCAGAACUCUCAACUUUGUGUAAUUUACAGACACGAGCACCUACGAGGACACUCCGCAGCCGUUCUGGGAUCGAUCCGUCGUUUUCGUCAAUCGAUUCGCGGAAAAUUUCCCGAAGACGAGUAUUCUGACACUCGCCGUCCUGUUCUCCGUGCUCGUGCUUCUCAUGUUCCUCGUUUUCCGCGAGUGCUGUAAAGGGAGACGAAAGUAGGCUUUUUGGGGGGCUGAAAUUUUGGUUUUUUAUACGAAAACCUGGGAAAUUUUCAGGUUGAAAAAUCGUUUAUUUUUGCCUAAAAAUUGCUAAAUUUUUGCAGCUCCGCACACCGUCGCCCGGCGCCCACCUCGAUCACGGCCGAUCUGUACAACACGUCGACGUGCUCGCACCGCUACACAAAAGUAACGCUUCCCGAUCAGAAGGAAGUGACAAUGCAGCUGAUGUCAGCCGAUUGUUCGUCGGAAACGCUUUGA